ACGGCCGAUUUGUAUCGGGAUAUUUCUAAAAUGGAAAAUCAUAUUUAUGUAGCUUCUUUGCAUUAAAUAAAAGUAUCAAUAUUGCAAACCUUAAGCGGAGUAUUGAAACAAAAUUUGCAUCACAUGUCAUUUGGGUUUGCAAACCGAAAGUAGGAUAUUCCCGCAAUAAUAGACGGAACAAGGGUUCCGGACAACAUGUCGAGUGAACAGGAGGAUUUGGGUCCUGCAGUUACUGUAGAUGCCUCAGGAGACCAUGUAGAAGAAACAAAUGAGUUGAAAAGUACAGCUAAUGAUAACCAAGAGGCAAGUGCAGAGGAUGACAAACUAUUAGAAGAAAAUGCUAUGGAAACUGCAGCUGAAUAUAAAGACAUAGAUAGUAAUGCUGAUGGUAAAAUACUAGUUGGAAAUUUUGAAGAGCAGAUUACACAACAGGAUGAAGAUGGAAUUGCGAAUGCUGAAGGUGAUAGAAAGGAAAUCGAGGAGGCUAUGGAAGUUGAAGAUGUAGAAGGUGAAGACUCAAAAUGUGAUGACCAACCAGAGGCAGAUAACAUUGGGUUCUCAACCAGAGAUGUUGAAAUGGAGCCAGAACAAAAAACUGAAGAUGAAACCCAGCAGCCUGGGACAGCUGAACCAGAGAUAGCUGAGCCAGUACCUGAAGAAAAGCAAGAGGUUGAAGAACAAGAUAAAUAUUUAACUGAAGCUGUUGAACCAGAUGUGUUACCAGAAUCUGAUGAACUUGCUCAGAAUGCUGAAGUAAUGGAGGGUGAUGAAGUUGUUAAUAAAGAUUUAGAUCAACAAGUACAGGAGUCUAGACCUGAAGCGGAAUAUGAUGAGCAUGAAGGUGAUGAUACUAGUAAGGUUAGCGGAGAAAUGAGUGAAGAUUUUCAAGUAGCUGUAAAUGAAAGUGAAUCAAGACCUGAAGCAGAAAAUGUUGAGGAAGGUGAAGAUUUGGACAAUGACGAUCUAGAUUUAAAUGAAGAGCUUAGUGAACAAUUAUUGGAGGAUGAAGAGAAAUCUAAUGAAAAUGUUGAAAAAAAUGAGAUGGGAAUUAACGCAGUAGUUGCUGAUGAAAAGAUAGAAAAUGAAGCUCAGUUGAAAUUAGAGGGUCAUGACCGAGCUGAAAGAGAUGACAGUGAAGAAAGAGUUGGAGAAAAUCCUGAGGCAGAUAUUGAACAGAUGGAAGAUGCUUUAUUAGAUACAGCUGAAAACAAUGAGGCAGAAGCUGCAGAAGGAGAACUUACACAAGACAGUCAACCAGAAGAUCUUCCAGAGACUGCAGAAGGAACUGCCAAAGAGCCGACAGAAGCUGAUGUUGAUUUCACAGUUGCCCAGGUUGAUGAAUCACAAGAUAUUGAUGCACAAGCUGAAUAUUUGGUUGAAACAGAGCCUGAAGCAGAGGCCAGCAAAGCGGGAGAAAACGAAACUGCAGAACAAGUAGAACUUGGUGAAGAAUUGGAACAAACAGAAAAUGAUGAAGUUCAAGAAGCACAAGGUGGGGAUAAGGGUCAGCCUGGAGCUGACGGAAGAGAUGAACCUGAAGAAUCGGGAGACCAAGGAAGAGAAGCAAGCCAUGAAGCAGGUGAUGCUGAAGAAGACACGGAGGCAGAUAAAGCUGCACCCGGAGAAAGGGAGGAGCCAGAGUCAGAACAGAUGGAAGUGACAGCUGAAGAUGACACACAGGUUGAAGAUACUGCAAACACUGAACAACCCGAUGAGGAGCCAUCUGUAGAACCACAACAGGUAGAAGGUAGAACAGAAAGUGCUGAUGCUCCUGAUGAACAAGCGGAAGCUAUUGAUGAUGUCCUCAUAUCUGAGAAUAUGGAGAAUGAUGAAAUUGAAGUUAAAAAUGUGAACAGUGAUGAAAAUGGAGCAAGUGAACUAUCUGUGGGGACUGAAAAAUCUGAUGAAAAGGUCAAUGAGAAAUCUGAGGCUUCUAAUGACGCCCCUGAGGCUCAGAAAGACUUGAAUGACAAAGAAACAGAGGAAGAGACUCAAGGGUCAUUUAUAGAAGUUGGGGAGACUGCAAGCAAUGUACCAGAAGCAAUGGAAACUAGCAGUGCUGCUUUGAAUAAGUUGGAUAAUACUACCGAACAGUCUGCUGCAGUGAAUCAGGUCGAAGUUGCGCUUAACCAGUCCACUGCAUUAGAUCAGGCAGAAAAUGCAUCAAACCAGUUGGUUGUGGAGGAUCAGACAGAAGAUGCUUCAUCUAAAAAUGAUCAACCAGUCUCUAUACACUUUUCCUCAGUCAAUGUGAAAAAAGAGAAAAUGGAUGAAGACAAGCAGACAGAAGGUGCAGGGUUAAAGAUUGUUGGUGUUACGUCUGCUGUGGGUCUGGAAGAAAAAGACAACCAGUCUACAAAAGAGUCAGACAAAGGAGACAAAUCUGCUGAGAAAUCUGUGGAGAGUGAGAAAAUGGAAGCAACUGUUACACAUAAAAACGACAUGCUUACAGUCAAACAAGAGAAGCUGGCUUCAGCCAAUCAAAAGCCAGAAACAGCUUUAAAAAGAGGGGCAAAAGAGGAGGCCAACAAGAAAAUCAAAGAUGAAGCAACAGCUACUGAGGAGGAAGACGACGAUGUUAUUGCAAUCAAGGAAGAGAAGAAACCAGUCGCCAAACCAAAGAGCAAAAUACAGAAAUGCAUCGUCUGUGAGAAGGUUGGAAAAUGCAAGUACAAUAUAGUUCGCAAUGGGGAUGUUAAACAUCUUUGUGAUGACAACUGCUUCAAACGUUUCCGGAGCAACCCGACCCAAUAUCUGCGUCAUGCUGAAACGAGUUCAGACCAAAAUGCAGCCAACAAAGCAGACAAGCCCCAGGCACCUGUUAAACCGGUUUCAAGAGAAACAGCAUCUGAGAAACUUGCAGCUGCCAAGGCGAAUGAAAAGUUGGUGCAACAGCAAUCACCUGUGUAUAAGACAUGCUCCGUUUGUCAACUGAUGAAUGUUCGCACCUCGAAACCAUUCCUGAACUGGCAGGGGCGAGACUAUUGUGGAGAAGAAUGCCUUGGCAAAUUCCAGGCUGGCCUAUCAAGCAAUUGUAGCUACUGCCAGUCAUCCAUUUUCCAGAACAAUAAGACUAAAUAUUGCUGUACUGUCGGGAAUGAAGUCAAACAUUUCUGUAGCUUAAUUUGCAACACUGAAUUUUCAAAACGUAUAAAACUGUGCGCAUUUUGUAACAAUGAUCUCUCAAUGAAAAAAGACUCAUUUAUGGCACCAGUCGGGGAUAAUGCGUUAUUCAAGGAUUUUUGUAGUCAAACCUGUUUGCAAAGUUUUGAAGCGAAGAAUAAAAAAGAUUUGGAGCUAGUGGGGAUUCAAAAAGGACAGACUGUUCCAGGCGCAGCUGUUGGAACUUCAAGUUGUACGGUUUGCGGAAAGAUGUCACAGAUUAAACAUGAGUUUAAACUGGAUUCAAAACUCUAUCGUUUAUGCAGCGAUCCUUGCUUCUCUGCGUUCAAAUAUGCAAACAAGAUCACCAUGAACAACUGCGACAAUUGUAACGCAUGUUUAUUCGGUGAUGCCAGUAGUUAUCAGUGUGUACAAUUUGAAGGGCAGCAGAAAAGAUUUUGUAGCUUUUUGUGUGUGAACACGUUCAGGGGAAGUAACAAGAAGAUUGUAGCCUGUGCCUGGUGUUGCGCAAAGAAAACAAACUUCGACAUGAUUGAAAGGGUGGACGCUAACAACAAGUACCAGCUGUUCUGUUCACUCAACUGCCUAUCACUAUAUAGGGUUAACUUGCAGGCUACAUCCAACCAGGCUGUAGUAUGUGACCAGUGCCGCAAGUUUGUCCCGGCCCAGUACCACCUGACCAUGAGUGACGCGUCUGUGCGCAACUUCUGCUCCUACGGCUGCGUGAUGCAGUUCCAGGCGCAAUUCCAGGCUCCGGCAAAACAAGCAGUAGGACAGCAACAACAGGUGGUGCAGGUAGAGUCUGCUGCUGCUGUUGCUGCUGCUGCAGCUGGAGGAGGGAAACAACAGACUGUCACUAGAUCGGGCAGGGUUGUGAACCAGAAAGGUUCUAAAUCAUCUCAGACACCUGCAUCAAGGAACAAUGGGGGAAAAGUUGUGGUCAACAAAAACAACAGCCCUGACUCGUUCCCGAUAAUAUCCAAUGUGGUUUCCCUAGCUGCACAGGGCAAGCAGCAGGAGAUCAAUAUUAAGACGUCCACCCCUGUAAGUGUAAACAGUCAACAGAUUCCUGGUAUCAAGACAAACACAACAUAUUCUGGAACCCAAGUUGUGCAGCAGCAAAUCAUUAUUCAGCCCCCACUCCCGAAAUCCAUGAAGAACAAGUCACUUCUGUGUAAACCUAUCACACAGACGAAGGCCACGUCGUGCAGACCUCAUACACAGACUAAGGAGACUCAGACAGAAAAGGGAGCGCCCGAGAAGGCCCUGAUCCCGGUUCCUGUGCCCAUCUACUGCCCCACCCCUCUGUUCAAGUAUGCGAUGCCGACACCCAUUUUUGUUCCAAUACCAGUGCCCAUCCCGGUUCCCAUCUUCAUUCCGACAACAAAAAAGAGCGCCAACAGCAUUUUGAAGCAGAUCAAGGACAUCCGAGAAAAGAUUCCUGCAGACCCAUUAGAGGCUGAGCUCCUCAUGAUGGCGGAUAUGGUGGCUGGGAAGGAGGAGAUGCGAAGCAGUAGCAGUGAAGAUGAGGAGGAGGAGGUGGAGCCACCUGAGCCUGUAAAACCAGUGAAGGAGACUCCGGCAACACCUGCACCAUCUAGUGGCGACCUAGGGGAAGACAUGUUACAGAUGGCACUGAGAAUGGCCUCGGAGAUGUCGGACGAACCUGCCAUGGACUUGGAGAAUACUCUGGAACCUGUUACAGUUAACACUGCUCCGCCCCCACCGUCCCAACCUCAGCCUGUCUUGAGUGAGGAACCACAUGAGGAGGAAGAAGAGUAUAUACCCACGUCUGCAAGAAACCGGCGAUCUCGAGGUGGGGGAUCGAAACGUCUGUCACGCAGCACACCAAGACGUAACCCAAAACGACAAAAAGUGGAGACACCCCCUCAGUAUAAGGAGCCGACCCCAACACCUUCACCGCAACCUGCCGCGCCACCUCCCGACGCAAACUUCCAUCUCAAGUACACUUACGGGGUAAACGCGUUUAAACACUGGGUAUUGUUAAAGAAUACACAGUUUGAACAGGCGUCAAAACCCGGACAGGGAAAGGCACUUAAGACCUUCAAGUCAGACAUUUUGCAGUGUACGGCGGAUGAGUUAAAUUUCUCACUUUGUUUGUUUGUUAAAGAGGUUCGGAAACCAAAUGGGGAGGAAUAUGCAGUGGAUAGUAUAUUCUAUCUGUGUCUAGGUAUUCAGCAAUAUCUCUUUGAAAAUGGGCGCAUCGACAAUAUAUUCAGCGAUUUCUAUUUUGAGCGCUUCACUGAAUGUCUAAAUGAACUGCUAAUGAGAUACGAACCAAAAUUAAAUCAUGAAGGUCAGCUGGUGUGCCGAAUUGAAGAGGAGCAUCUCUGGGAAUCAAAACAACUCGGAGCACAUUCCCCACACGUUCUCCUGAACUCCCUAGUCUACUUCAACACCAAAUUUUUCAUGUUAAAGACUUCUGAAGAGCAUUUGCGGUUAUCAUUCACGCACAUUAUGAAGCACUGGAAGAAAACACCAUCAGGGCGGGGCUCAGGGACAGGAGCUAACUCGGGCCGCAGCGUUUAUUUGAGAUAUUAUUGCCCCACCCCCCAGGGAAAAGAUCUGCAGCAGAAACGUAAAAAGGAGGAGAUGCCGGUGUAUGAACAGACAGAGAACCUGGACAACCCGCUCAGAUGUCCGGUCAAACUGUACGAGUUCUACUUGUCCAAGUGCCCGGAGAGUAUAAAAAAUCGUAACGACACAUUCUACUUGGUGCCAGAAAGGUCCUGCGUCCCUGACAGCCCAGUUUGGUACUCCACGGCCACUCUUGGCAUUGAUCACAUGGCGAAAAUGUUAAACCGGAUCAGGCUGGUCCGAGAAAUUCAGGAAGCCCAUUUGCAUACACAGCCAAUUUUUGUUUGAUGGAAGUUUUCUAAUUGUAGCUUUCAUAUCCAGGAUUUUUGUUUGUAUAUUUACGCUACAUUCAAACGGAUGUUUUGUAUAUUGUGUUUUGUAUAUAUAUAUAUUUCUUUUUACAUUUUACAUUUAGUCAAUAUUUGAUACACGUUUUAUCUAUAGCAUCACGGGAGUUCUGGCCCGAGGUUGGAAGCCUCAAUAUGAAAAUGCACAAGAACAAAAUGUUGCUCUCCGUAUACAUUAAACCCUAUUUGAAUGGCCUAGUGUUGAUGCUGUAAGAAUGCAGGAGGAGACACAAGCAAAUUCCUCGAACUGAACUAGAGCUUUUGGGAAAUAUGCUUGCUGUCCUGCAUUCAUACAGCAUAAACAAAAGAAAAAAUGGGAUUAAUCCUUAAGUGGGGUUUGAUCAAUAUUUAUAUCUACAUUUUGAAUCAAUAUUCAUCACGAUUAAUAAUUAGUAAAAUCUUUAGCAGCCGAUUAUAAGUUGUUAAAAAAACAACAUACAGGGUACACAUUAAUAAUAAUAAUGACGCCAUAACCCUUUAUAAUAUACAAAAUAACCAUCAAUUUCCCUGUAUGCAAAUGACCUGGCAAAUGUUAACUGUCACUAAAUCACUUCUGAUAAAAUCAACAUUGGGCCAAAAAUCGUGUGACACAUGACUAUCAUGUUAAAGUUAACAUGGCAAAUCAGAAAAUACCAAUGUCUGAAGAAAGCCAUAAAAAAGAACUGUUUAAGAUUUUAAGUUAGUUUCUGCUAUUUCCAAUCUGCUCGAUUGUGAUAUAACCUGGUAGCUGAUGGAAUCUUGAGUCCAUUUCCUAUGUAGAAAUUAGUACUGGUGUUCAUUAUGGGAGGCCAUGAGAAAGUACCCUUACUGGGGAUGGAACCAAUAACCUAUUGGGUGAGAGGCGACACCAUUCCCCUGGACCACUCUCACCCUGGGAAACAGUAGCCAUUACUUUAAAAUAGUGUGCACACUCAACAAGGCAUUAGUUAAAAGCUUUAAUUUUUAAUUUUAGCUGGGAGUUAGCUUCCAAACUUCUGUAAAUAACUACGGUAAUCAAUGUGAGGUUAUCAGAUAGCAAUUUAUAAAAUGAAACUCUUGUAAUGAAAUCACAUGUCGUUCACACUGUGCAAUAUUCCAGUAGCAUUUAAACUGACAGUCAAGAAAAUGUUGCUUGCAAAAUUAAGUUUUUAUCUCACCUGUUUUGUUGUUGUUGUUUUUGUUUUUUCCAUUGAUAAAAACCCGAUAUUUUCAUUGCCGAAGUGUAAUGGACUGUGGCAUUGGCAGUUGCAGUGUCAUCAUACAAAUACGUUGGACCAGCGAUGUAAUUUGAAAAACUUUAAAAUUAAAUGCUCUUGAAAUUAAGUACACUUGUUACCAGUGACAAUGUGCCUCUAUAAGUACCAAGGGCCAUGACUUGUCACUUGUUAUUUGCCUGGGAUGCUUUCAGGAACAAAUACACAUAGACAUUAAUGUCUAAACUCUUAUGUUAACAGUUCAUGCUUUUUCAAAUUGUAAUUGUAUUUUUCUAGCCUUUAGGUCAGACUUGCCCUGCAAAUCCUUCAAUGUUUGAUUCAGGAACAGCCUCAAAACUGUUUGAUGCAUUAACUUAGUACAGGUUAACCUCAAGUCAGACUGAACUAUUUCUAGAGUAAUGCCCCUUGAUCAAGAGAGAAACAGACAACAGUUACUGUUGGUAUCCACAUCUGGUGGUAUUACUUUCUCUAGAAUUUAGUGACUGCUUUAGACAUUGUCUAACCUACGCAGCCAAUAACUGGUAAAUCAGAGUCUAGACAGCCAAUUAGAGGUCAUUUGAGCCUAGGCAGCCAAUUAAUUUUUGAAUAUUUUACUGUGUCUUCAUUGUUUAGUCAGGGAACCUAUUGUUAAAUUUGUUAAGAUAUGUUGUCUUCAGAAGACGAUUCUUUGUUCAUAGGCCAUUUGGAAAUUCUUAUGAUGAACUUGAUUUCGACACUAUCCUUAAGAUUUUAUGAAGCCACUUGACUGAAUCAUAUUGCAGCAAAACGAAUGUUUCCUUUUGUUUUCAUUGUAAGUAUCAUAUACACCAUUACCUUAUAGACGUACACAAUUAUUAUAUAGUGUAGAAUAAAAUUGUGAAGAAUCAA